AAUGCCCCCUUCUUCUCUUCUUCAGACCGAAACAGUAGUCGUCGAUAUCCAUCUGGUUUCUCUGUGCACAAAACCCAUCCCUAACACUCAGAGCAGCGAGAGCACCAAACCGUAAUCCUAUCAAUACCGGAAUUGGCUGUCGGAUCAGAAUGCCCAGUCGAAGCUGACCUGACCCCAAAUUGAAAUCUUGAUUCUUCAUUAUUUCAGCUAUACUCAAAACACUGAAUCAGUUUUUGUCAUCAGAAAACUCGGGAGUUUUUGGCUUAGCUUUCCAGGUUGGUGUUAUCGACAUGGUGUCUAUGCUCAACCUUUGGGGAUUAUAUUACAAUUAUCACCAGUUUUAUCCAGCAGUCAAGUGUAACCGAGUUUUUUCCUCUCUCUUUUCCCCCCUCUGCCUCCUAAACCGAACAGCAGCAGCUGCGUGAGACCCACAACUCUACCAAGCAAGGGCAGGAGAGCGCAGCCCCAACUCCAGCGAUUCCCAGCAGCAACCGUUGCUUACUCAGGAACCCAGAGUAAGUUUUAAGAUUGGAAGUUGAAACAGACAAGAAGAAGAAGAUGCAGCAGAGAAGAUUAGCAUCAUCAGGGAGGCCUACUGGAACAGAUGGCUCAGAUUUCAACUACCGCAUGGUUGUUGACUCUCGUAAGCUUUCGUAAUCUAUACUCUAAAAGCACCAAUACCCCUCUUCCCUUCUCUUCAGGGUAUCAAAAAGUAGCUGAUGGAAAAUCUCGUCUCUACGCGCUUAUUCUCACUCAGGCUGUCUUUCAGCUGAUAGGAGUCCUAUAUACAUUUCAUUUUACUUCCAAAGGGGAAGGUCCCGAUGUGAUUGCUAUCUCUUCUAUAGCUAUUGGUUCAAUUUCUUUGAUACUUGGGGACUUGGGUCGAAGGCGUAGUCGAGUAACUUUGUUGAAAGUUUACAUGGUUGCAUCAUCUAUUGGAGUGCUUCUUUCCAUUGCUUGUGUUGCCAAGGGGAAUGUAACAUUAGAGGUUUUCCAAACUCCCACUAGAUGGGAAACACACAAGUUUGAACUUCUUGAGGCUGCUCGCACUGCAAUUGGAUUCUUGGUACAAAUAUUUACAGUGAGCACAAUUACUUCUCUAAUCAGUAACAUGUCUCCACCGAAAAGAACCUCUUAGCCUCAACCAUAUCAAUGAUGUAUCUUUCUCAAGGUUUUUUGGAAUUCAAACCUUACAAUUUCUGGAAGAUAAUUUGAUUUCUUCCUAGGUAGCAAACUAGUUGCAUUAGGGAUUUGAUUAGACUGGAAAAUUAUUUGACAACACAUGGAACUUGUUACAGAUCAAUAUUUAUGUUUUAGAAGUAAUACUGUAAUUUUAUCCAUAAAUUGACCUUUGUGACA